AAACAAAAUCUUUAUUCCACACGGAGCCCAAAAGAGCUACUGUAGAAUGUGAAAAAGAAAACUUCUGCCUUCACCGAAGUAAACAGUUCUUGCAAUCAAGAUUCAGGGUUCCCGUUCACGAUCAGGAUCACUCCUCAUGUUGAAGUCCUUGAAGAUUCUUGAUGGUGCCGACGAAUCCGUAGACAGCAUCAGCAGUCUCCCAGACUCUCUUCUCUGUCACAUUCUCUCGUUCCUCCCCACCAAAGAUGCAGUCAGAACCAGCACCUUGUCCGCUCGCUGGAAGUACCUCUUCGCCUCAAUCCCAGAUCUCGACUUCGAUGAAUCUUUGGUGGGUCAUCCCUGUUUUGUUGAUUUCGUGUACAGAUCGUUGGCUCUUCGCGGUUCGCUCCGUAUAAAUGCAUUUCGCCUUAAAUGUUAUGUUAGCAACAACUAUCCGCAUCUCAAUGCGUGGAUAUCCGCCGCUGUAUGCCGUGAUGUUCGCGAAUUUGAUCUUCUCAUUGAUGCCAAUCGGUAUCUGCUGUGUUCUAAUCUCUUCACUUGCCAAACCCUAGUCGUUCUAAAAUUGGAUUUGAAUUUUUGCUUCAAUGUUCCCGCCAAUGUGCGUCUUCCAAGCCUCAAGAUUCUCCAUCUUGUGUCGGUUGAGUUCGAGAACGACUGUUCGAUGGAGACGCUCUUUUCUGGGUGCCCUGUGCUUGAAGAUUUGCAUAUGCGUGACUGCUGGUUGGACAGUUUGCCUGCGCUCGACAUUUCAAUUUCUACACUUAAGAACCUCACGAUCAAAAGCGAGUCUGCUAUUAGAUACAAAGUCACGAUUAAUGCUCCAAGCCUUGAAUGCCUAGACUACUUUGAUGUUUUAGCCGACGGCUACACUCUGGAGAAUCUGAACUCUCUAUCUGAAGCUCAUAUUGAUGUCAAGCCGAGCAUUCGCUAUGUUAAUAGCUUCUUUCAUUUUUCAGCAUGUACGCGACCUUGUUGAAGGGAUUUCUAAUGUGGGAUUUCUUUAUUUGUCCGCCGGCACUUUGCAGACUCUUGAAAUCGCCAAAUGUUGCUUGCCCACAUUUUCUAACUUGAUUCAUUUGGGACUUGGCACUGUCAAUUAUAAUGGAUGGGAACUGGUGCUUAAAUUACUUAAUAGUUCGUCCAAUCUUGAAGUGCUUUUGUUUUCAGAGGGUUUUUUACAACAGAAGGACUUUGACUAUCACUUGCCAAACCAUGUGCCUACAUGUCUGUCAUUACACCUUGAGGAACUUGAAAUAGAGGAAUUCCAUGGGAGGAGAUGUGAACUUCAGCUAGUGAAGUUUGUCUUAGCUAGUGCAGAAGUAUUGAGAAAGAUAACAAUUGAUUCUUCUAUGUCCAUGGAGAAGGAAUUGCUUAUUGCCAAGAGAUUGUUAACCUUUCCAAGGUGCUCAGAAAUAUGUCAGAUCAAGCUCCUCUCAAAAUAUGAAAGAAAAUAAAUUUGAAUCAAAUGUAAAUAUGUAAUGCCAGCUGUAUAUAUAUAUACCACGCAUGUGUAUAUAUACACAUUUGUGUC